GGGCGGGGAGUGAGGGGGAAAUAGAAAAAUGGCGGCCGUCAAGCGAGGAAGAACAUCAUCUGUUCUGUCAUCUGUUCCCUUACAGAUUCUUUUCUAUUUAAAUGCAGUUUAUUAUAUAUUUUAUUUUUUGGCAACCCUGCUGAUGAUUAUUUAUAAAAGUCAAGUUUUCACUUAUCCAGAUGACUUCUUGGCUCUUGAUCUUGUAUUAUUGUUCUGUAUGGCAGUUCUAGAAGCAAUUAGGCUGUACUUUGGUACUAAAGGGAACUUGACAGAAGAAGAGGCUCCACUGGGGAUCAGUCUUGUGAUCACUGCUGGCAGCAUAAUCCUGUCCAUCUACUUUCUGGUGUGGCAAACUUAUGUCCUGAGAGCAGAUGUCAUUAUUAAUGUUGCCCUGCUUGUUAUAUGCGGACUUGAAGGAAUCCUACAGAUCAUAGCAAUUGCUGCAUUUGUUAGCUAAAUCAUGUUGCUGCCUAUCAUAAGCCUAUAUGUUCUUCAAAAAGAAGCACCACUUUAAACUGUACCCUUGUAAAAGUACAUGUUUCACGAGGCCUUCGUGAGCUGACAUGUAACACAUUCUGCAGGGUCAUUCAUAGCAUCUUAUUUAGUGUGGUGCACAAUUGCAUUGAAGUUAAGAGUUGAAUGUUUGUUCCCAAAUUAAGGCGGAUCCACAUUUUAUGUGGCAGACAAGCUUGCUUGCAUGUCCAUUACAUGACUUUGGGGAGCACCAUAAUGUUUCAAGGAAAGAUGUGCUUCUAUAAAUGCAGAGAGGUGGAGUAGACAGAUGUCAGGGAUCCAUGAGUAUCCUCAGUUUCCCAGUGUAUAUUUGCCACAUGAUUAUAGACAUUGACCUCUCCUUUACUGAAAGGUACACAGUGAAUAGGUAGCAUGGUCCAUAAAUUGUGAAUCAUUUCCCAAAAUAAAUAUAAGCUAGGGUAAUUCUCUUAAAUUUUGCCUUAUUCAAGGUGAUUACUCAUGUCAGUGGUCUUACAAUGGAAUCAAUAUACAUUCAUAGUGCAAAAUUCAAAAGGAUGUAACAAUUUUUUAAAAAACUACUUGGAAACGGUUAUUUUAGCUGUAAACAUAUUUCCUAAUAGACUUGGUAGAACCAGUGGAUUUUACCUAAGGAUGUGUUGAUGUCAUUGUAGGUCGAUGAUACUUCUUCCCACUAAAUAGAAAUAGGAGUGGAUUAUAAAUCUCAUAGGCUUGGUUCAGACAUGAUGGCAAACUAUAAACAUUACACAGUCGCUUCUCUUCCUCCUUCCCUUGGGUGCUCCAGUUUCUUCCCUCUUUUGUUCCAAACCAGUUUGCUGUUACAUUUGAAGCAGGCAAACUGUGGUUUGUGUCAAUCAUAGUUUGCCAACAAACUAGAACUCGAAAUCAUAACUUUAUCACAUUUUCCAAUUCUGGUUGGAAGGAAUUAUGCCCAGUUUGAGUAUAAUGAGAAACUAUGGUUUGCAGUAAGAGAGGAAAGUCAAGAAGAGCACAAGGGGAGGAAAAUUUGGCAUUACAUCUGAACCAGCUAAGCUAUAGUCUUUCAAUAAGGACUCCUUAAUUAAUUUCCAAGGCACAUAAUACUCUCAUAUGCGUAAUUUCCAGUUAAAAGUCAGAAUUACUGUUUUCAAAGAAUUUUAAAAAUACAGUACCCGUUAUUAAGGAAAGGGCAAUUUCCAAUAUGGCAUGAGUGGACUUCCCCUUCCUCUCCUCCCCCAUGCAGCCCCCAUACUCUCUUCCCAGCUGCUCUGGAGAGUCCCCCAAACCCCCCAGAGUAGAUUUAGGGGCAGAUGGAGCUGCAGCAGGGAGGAGGCAUUCAUUCCACAAAUGAUUCCUGUUCUACUAGCAGGCAGACACCAUUGGAUAUCACACAAUGUAUUCUGCAAAACAUUUGCAGACUUGGUUGAGUAGAGGCUACACUUUUCUACAUGUGCUGUAGGGUAGUUUAUUUUACUCUUGAAUAUGUUAGAUGAUGUUUAUAAGCUUGUCCACGUGAAACUGCUGUAGUCUUAUUGCUUUCAAAUAUCUAAAAGGUGUGUGAUAUGAGAAAUGUAUUGUUAAGACCAAAUCCAGUGACUUCAACACAAAUUCAGUUCAUAAUGUCCUCUGGAAAGGUGUAUUGCAAGUAAGUUGAUCCCCUGGGAGCUGUAGCAUUUAAUGGUGUGGAUUCUCAUUAGCCCUCUGCAGAUGGAAUGGUUCCUUCCAUUCAUUGAGGGAACUGGGUUCCUGUUGGAGUUUAAGGAUGAGGUGGCAUUUUUCAUUAGUCUCCCCUUCCUGCUGCAUUGUCUCUCAUGCUGCACUAGAGGGUCCCCCAGCCAUCCAGAGCAGACUUUCAAGGGGCUGCAUGUGGGGAGAGGAGAUUGGUGAAAAAUGCUGCCCUCCCUUCCACUAGCAGGAAUGUUAUGUUAGCAGAACUCUGCAUGUGAGACACUCCUGCCGGUAGAACCUUAUGUAGAAUCUAAGCCAAUACCUUUUGCUUUCAUUUCUGUUAAUACGUCACCUUUACGUAUAAUAUCCAAUGUAGUUUUUCACCACCUAGGUUUUAGUUCUGUGAUGUAUCUUAGAAUUUUGUUUUUUACAAGACGGCAUCAAGGAGUGUGUUCAAGAUGACCAUAUUUUAUGUAAUACAUGCUUUUUAUAAUUUGUAUUUAUAUAUAUUUCUAUUUUUCUAUCAAUAUUUUUAAAGAAUAAACAGACUGUAAGUGAUACACAUUUAACUGCAUUCUAACUGAGAGCUUGGGUGGGUGGGUAGGUAGGUGUAGCUACUCUUGUGCUUCAAUAAAAGUGGGAAGUGUAUAAACAUUCCAUAUACAGUGUGAGGCAACAUGUUCACACUUUUCUUACACAAUGUAAGAAUCUUGGCAUGGGACAAAAGCAGAUAACUGUGUGAUGAUCAGAUAUGUUAAUCAUACCUACUUCAGUGGGAUUAAAUUGCCUAUAGAAGGUCUGUUUCUUGCUUGUGACAACACGUACUGAGGAAGCCCCUAUAUGUUAAUAAGAAAUCACCAUAAAUAAUUUUAACUGAGCUGUGGAGUAUACUGGUUGACUGCCCAGACCUUUCUCUGCUAUGCCUGACGUGUCGGAGGCAUUUGACUAUGUGCAUGAAGCUUUUCUUUGUGAGCAUGAGUAUGAAUUGCCAUGGUAAAGUCACAAACAACAAUUGCUAAACAUGCUAUGUUCUUGGGGUAUGUAAUUAACUCCCAGCCCUUCUGGAACAGGAUAAGCAAGUUUGAAUGAAAAUUACAAUAAAAAUGAAAGGAACACAUUUUUUUCAGAAGCUGAGAUUAUGAUUUGGGUGGAGUUUAUGCUUCAAGUAAAAAACAGUUCUGCACACAAUUUGGGGUGACUACCAUCAGCUUGAUUUAAAAUUCUGAUUGUGGAAAGCACGUUCAUCUCCUGGCACUUAACACCCCGAGAUAUUUUGUAGAGAUAGGGCUACAUUGUUUCAGACUGUUUCUUUACUUGGAAGCCCAACAAAAAUAAAAGGAAAUUAAAAACAAACAAAGUGCUGCGUUCUGCAAAAACAGCAAUUUUUUUUGUCCACAACAAAAACGUUGUUAGUGUUGUGGACAACUUAAGGGAGCAAUUUGUGUUUGCUUCUCAUUAACAAGCUGCAUGUUAGCAUUAUGAGGUCUUUAGAAAAUAAUAGCAGUACAUCACACCCAAUAAUUUUCCUACCUGGAUAUCACUUCCAUGUUAAGCCGUUUUUGUGUCACAUGCACAAGGUAAUGUGGAAACUUGUUUCUCUUUUGCAAUGGGUACAUGUAGUGGGAAUCCAUUGCCAACUAUAGCUCCCUGUUGGCUAGAGGAGUUGGGCCACUACACAGUCUGAUUUAUGUUACGCUUUUCAGUAACAGUUUAAGUGUAAAGAAAUUGGUACAUCCCAGUAAUUUGCUUCUAGAACAGUCUAGCAUGUGCCUAUAGCAGGGCGGUUUCUGUGCUUUAUAGGGUUCUUGUUUGUUGGUAAUUCUGUCAUGGUUUCUGCUUGGAUAUUAAUAGCCAUAUGGUUGUCUUAAUUUUGUCAAAUGAUUAUGUUCAAUACUAGCUUGGAGCUUUGAGACUCUCAUUCU